ACACACACACACACACACACACACACACACACUUUAGCUCAGGCUCCUCGGUUGACCUUGCUGUGUUGUUGAGCGCUCGCUGCAAAUAAACAAACACCGUCCACGACAUGGCAACCCCAGGUUUACCCACAGUGUCCGUGCCUCAGGUGGGCGCAGUUGCAGGCUCUGGAUUCCGCUUGUCCAAAGAGCAUUUGGUGGUUGCCGUGCCGGUCGCGUUGGUUGCAGCUGUCGGAGGUUUCCUAGUCAGCCACUACUUGAGCAAGCGCAGCUGUAAAAAGGGCAUGGUGAACACGUGCAUCAGUAAAGACAGUCCCAAAGUGGUCCACAGCUUCGACAUGGAGGACAUCGGCACCAAGGCCGUGUACUGCCGCUGCUGGAAGUCGAAGAAGUUCCCGUACUGCGACGGGGCCCACGCCAAACACAACGAGGAGACCGGAGACAACGUCGGACCGCUCAUCAUCAAAAAGAAGGAUGCUUAAACCUCCCAACCCAUCGCUUUCACUUGGUCUAAUCUCUCAUCAUCAUCAUCACUGCGGUGCCGGUUAAAGUGCGAUACUGUCACAAAUUAACCAAAAAAAAAAAAAAAAAAAGGUUGAUCUUCCUCUUCACAGCCCAGAAAAGAAACUCAAAAGUGUUUAAAGACGUCAAUGAAUUUUGAUUUCGUACAUUCCCACACUGUUCCCUACGUUAACCAAAAAGAAUAAUAAUCAAAGGUCAUUCGAGGACAGAUAAGGAAGGGACUUUGACAAUCAGCUCAGUCAGACAUGGAGGUGCUACGACGUACUUCCACGCCUGGCGUCACCUGUGUGUCCUUCUCUGCUCCUCCUCUAAAGGUGUCUGGCAGCUCUUUGCCUCGGUCAGUCCAGUAUUUGAUUUGAAUUCAGCGGGGAAAAAAAGCCUUACAGUUACAUUUCUAAGCCAGUCCGAACACACAUAAUCCAUCUUGAAUGUUGCGUUUGUUUGUUUUUUUUUGUUGCACAGAGGAAACUAAAGUUAAUAUUUGUCUUAAGUGAUCUUUAAACACUAUCUGCUGUAUGUAAACUGUAAAGUGUUCCCCUCGUGAAGGAUAUACACAUAUAUAUAUAUUUUUGCUUAUUUCAUUAGAUUUAUUUUCUACCGGCUGCGGUUGCGUCUUGACUCCUGAUGAUUUAUUGUUCUGUAUAUUGUGAAUAAAACCUGUUGAGUGAUCUGA